AUGUCCUCAAAUCCUACUAAGAAGCGGCACUAUGCUCAGCUUUCACAACAAUUGCAACUCCUUCAAAAGAAUUUGGAGGCUACAGCGAAUCAUGUCGAGACGAUGUCAACCCAAUGUAAUGAAUAUCUGGUAAACAAACUUGGCAAAAUUCAAGCAUCCUGGUUUAUCGGUGGUAACCGCUGCUUUGAGCAAGAAAUGUUGGGAAAACAUUGA